GGGGUCCUUCCGCGGGUCCUUACGGGGGUGACAUUCAGCCGCUGGUUCGGGGAGACGAACCUUCCACCUUAGACCAUGGCCAAGUUCAUCCGUAACCUCGCGGACAAGGCACCGUCGAUGGUGGCGGCUGCCGUGACUUACUCGAAGCCUCGAUUGGCCACAUUUUGGCACUAUGCUAGGGUUGAGCUGGUUCCCCCAACCCUUGGUGAAAUCCCUACAGCUAUUCAGAGCAUGAAAAGUAUAAUUCACAGUGCCCAAACUGGUAACUUCAAACACCUCACAGUUAAGGAAGCUGUGCUGAAUGGUUUGGUGGCCACUGAGGUGUGGAUGUGGUUUUAUAUCGGAGAGAUCAUAGGCAAACGUGGCAUUGUUGGCUAUGAUGUUUGAAGACCAAUCUUUAACUUCUGAUUUGAGUUCUUAUCUUGGACCAUGUGUAAUGAGACUGCUAUCUGAAUAAAAUGCUAGCUGUGCAGUGGCAGUGUUUCCUCUGUCAAGUACUGCACAGUGACAGUAUUUCCUGAUAGUAAGUUAGUCGUCUUUGGCUUUGUUACACUGAUACAGGUUUAAGUGUAUGUUUGUUUAACCUGCAAUUAGGAAAAACUUGUGAAUAUACAUGGUACAUGGACGUAUGAUGGUUAAAAUUUUAAUUUAAAAUUUAAUGGUUGGGUUGGGGAUUUAGCUCAGUGGUAGAGCGCUUGCCUAGGAAGUGCAAGGCCCUGGGUUCGGUCCCCAGCUCCGAAAAAAAGAACCAAAAAAAAAAAAAAAAAUUAAUGGUGGUGGUGGUGCACACCAGGAAGUAGAGGCUGGUGAUCUCGGAGUUCGAGGCCAGCCUAGUCAACAGAGCAAGUUCAGGACAGCCAGAGCUACACAGAGAAACUUUUGUCUCUCCCACCUACCAAAAAAAAAAUCUGUAAUCCUAGUAGUUGGGAGGCUCACUUCAGAUUUAAAGCUAACUUGCAUGGACUACACAGUUUCAGGCCAGUAAUAGUUAAACAAUGAAGCUCUUAUCUCUAAAGAGAAAGAGGCUGAAACUUUAAACAGGUGUAGUGCAUAUGCCCAACAACAGAAAAGACUGAUGUAAGAUCACUUGAGUCAAGGAGCUCAAGACCAACCUGAAUGUAUAAUGGGACUUUGUCUCACAAGGAAAUAUGGGGGAGGGACAGGAGUGUAAGGCCAGCUUGGGCUAUAUGAGGCAUUGUCUCAUAAACAAUAUUCUUAAAAAUGUUGAUGUAGGCCUCAGAUUGAAUAUUUGCAUCAAGAAUGAAGAGGGUAGUAUGCUUAGCUAUACGAUUAUAACGUCUUUGACAGUAGGGCACGGUAAAAGACCCAUGUAACUGGACAGUCUGUGACAGGAACCUCUCAUCCUAGUGUUCAUGAAGGUCUCUGAAUUCAACACCAUUCUGGUCUGCAUAUUCAGUUCCAGUACAGCCAGGACUAUAUAGACAGAUCCUGUCUUUCUUCAAAGAAUAGUCUAACUGGGAUAUAUUAUUAAUCUGGUUUUGUAGUUUUGCAAGAUCCAGUAGAUAACAUUUCCAGUGGUGACAUCCAAGGCUCUAAGUAGUGUAUUAUGGGCUGAAAUAAACAGUGAUUAGUAUCA